AUGGCGACGAGCAUCCCUGUCCCUCCCCAGAGCUGCUGGCCCUCCAGCUCCGUGCCUCCCUCCUCCCCGGCUGCUGGGCACUGCCGGGGCUGUUGGCCAGAGCCUCCCUUUCUCUCCGGCAGGCUGAACACCACCGUCGCGCCCCUCUUCUUCGCAGACCAGUUCCUGCAGAUCUCCACCUCUUUGCCCUCCCAUUUCAUUUCUGGGCUGGGGGAGCACCUGACACCGCUGGUCCUUGACACGGCGUGGACCAAGGUCACCCUCUGGAAUCGAGACAUGGCCCCCGUGCCCCAGGCCAACCUCUACGGCUCCCACCCUUUCUACCUGGUGAUGGAGGAUGGCGGUUCGGCCCAUGGGGUCUUUCUGCUGAACAGCAACGCGAUGGACGUGCUCCUGCAGCCCAGCCCGGCCCUGACCUGGCGCACGACGGGUGGGAUCCUGGACUUCUACAUCUUCCUGGGCCCCGACCCCAAGAGCGUGGUGCGGCAGUACCUGGACGUCGUCGGGUUCCCCUUCAUGCCCCCGUACUGGGGCCUGGGCUUCCACCUCUGCCGCUGGGGCUACUCCUCCACCGCCAUCACCCGGCAGGUUGUGGCCAACAUGACGGCAGCCCACUUCCCCCUGGACGUGCAGUGGAACGACCUGGAUUACAUGGAUGCCAAGAGGGAUUUCACCUUCAACAAGAAAAGCUUUAAGGAUUACCCGGAGAUGGUGCGGGACUUCCACCGCCGCGGCCUGAGGUACAUCAUGAUCGUGGAUCCCGGGAUCAGCAGUUCAGGGCCUCCUGGCACCUACAAGCCCUACGACGAGGGACUGAAGCGAGGGGUGUUCAUCCAAAAUGCCACGGGGCAGCCUCUGAUCGGGAAGGUCUGGCCGGGCCCAACAGCCUUCCCGGACUUCACCAACCCGGAGACUCACGAGUGGUGGCACGACAUGGUGAAGGACUUCCAUGACCAAGUGCCCUUCGAUGGCAUGUGGAUUGACAUGAAUGAGCCAUCGAACUUCGUGGAGGGCUCCCAGGACGGCUGCCCCAACAACAGCCUGGAGCAGCCCCCCUACGUACCAGGUGUGUUUGGGGGACGCCCCCGAGCCGGGACCAUCUGUGCCUCCAGCCAGCAGUACCUGUCCUCCCACUACAACCUGCACAGCCUCUACGGGCUGACCGAGGCCAUCGCCUCCCACAAGUACGCCUGGGGCUCGUGCCACAGCUCCUGCUGUCCCGGAGGAUGCACGUCCCAGGGGAGAGACCCCUCCCCAUGCGGCGACCCGCAGGAGCCGUACGCCUUCAGCCCGGCCGCCCAGGCCGCCAUGAGGAACGCCCUCCGCCUCCGCUAUUCCCUCCUGCCCUUCCUCUACACCCUCUUCCACCGGGCUCACUCCGCCGGGGAGACGGUGGCGCGGCCCCUCUUCCUCGAUUCCUGCGCCCCACUGCUGGUACCGGCCCCCCAGGGCUGCGUUCAGGACCCGUGCCUCGCCUGCCUUCGCUCCUGGCUGUUUGAGGGCUGCGGCGCUGGGCUGGGGCCCCCUUGGGCACGCUGUGCCCUACGCCUGCUCUUUCCUCUUUUUGCUGUUAUUUAGGACUCCACCAUCCACAGCAGAGGGCAGUGGAUCCUCCUGCAGGCUCCCCUGGACACCAUUAAUGUCCAUGUUCUCGCAGGGCACAUCCUGCCCCUGCAGGAGCCUGCGUUCAGCACCGCCGAGUCCCGCAAGAAGGGGAUGGCCUUGGUCGUGGCACUGACGCCGGACGGCUUUGCCAGGGGAGAGCUGUUCUGGGAUGACGGGGAGAGCUGGCAGACCUUUGAGAAGGGGGACUACACUGAGAUCCUCUUCCUGGCCACGCAGGUGCUGAGAGUCCCCGUGUCGCUGCCGAUGUGGGAGCAGUUUGUGAUCGCUUGGUCCUGA